AUGACUUCUGUACAUUCGGUGGGUCCAUCAAUGCAAGUUUACAGCACCGAAGUCACCUCAUUUUCCCUUCCCUACGCUUUUUUGUUCAUUUUCGGAACGGCUGGCAACGUCGCUGUGCUCACUUAUGUUUUCUUAACAAGCAAGCGAGUAAGACGAUUAGCCCCGAAUCGUGAAUACGUCGGAGAGGUGAUCACUUUUGCGGAAGCCAAACCGAAACCAACACACAAAAUACCAAUUCAGUCUUUCGACGGCAAUCACAAAGCUCGACAACAAAUUCCUGGUGAUCGACGCCACAAGCCUCGGAAA